AUGCUGUCAGCCCAGCUGCCCCAACCGGCCGGUCCAAACCAACAACUCAACCCUGGACAGAGGUCUCAGCAGUUGAGUGACCUGGCUGGCGCCGGCAAUGGCCAGUUGGCAGACAAGCCGUACGGCCGUCGCCUGGCUAUCAACAUCAUCGAGGACCUGGCCAAAAACGAGCCGUCGCGUCCCUUCGUCUUCACUCCCAAUGGCUCCGAGGCCAAGGACGGCUGGGCCAAGGUGACUUACAAGCAAAUCUACAACGCCAUCAACCAUGUUGCCGGAGAAAUCACAAAGAAACUCGGACCUGCGCCCAAGGGCGAACCGCCAACUCGUCCAAACCUGAUGAAGAAGAGAAAGCUGCAGGCUUUCGCGGCUCCAAGCGCAGAUGUUUGGCUCAACGCCGAGCCACAACUGUUCCCGUACAGCAAGUCGUUUGAAGAAGCGCAGUGGGAUCCCAUGGUCGUCCUUCACACCAGUGGAUCGACCGGUAUACCCAAGCCCAUCGUCGUCAGCCAUGGCGCCAAGUUCUCGCUGCAGGAAUGGAGCGACAGGUCCACGAGACUGUUCCUCCCAAUGCCAAUGUUCCACGCGGCCGCCGUCUACGUGUUCUUGUCGAUGGCCAUUUUUUACGGACAGCCCAUCGCACUUGGCAUCCCUGAGCGCCCGCUAAACUCUGAUCUUGUUAUCCAGUGCCUUGCCCAGUCUGGAGCUGACGCCGCUCUCCUCCCUCCUUCGAUCAUGGAGGAAUUGAGCCACACCGAGGAGGGUAUCGAGACGCUCAGGAAGUUGAACUUUGUGUCUUUUGGAGGAGGCGCUCUCUCAAAGGCAGCUGGCGACAUGCUUGUCGAACGUGGAGUCACCUUGGAGAACUCCAUGGCGUCCACAGAGCAUUUCCCUUACCCUCGGUAUUUCCAACGGAACUCCAAGCUGUGGCAGUACUUUUCUUUCAAUAUGGAUGUUAUGGGGGCAGACUGGCGCCCGCUGGAAGAUGACGAUGGUGUCCAUGAGCUUGUCUUCGUUCGGAAGGACGCCAACGGGCGUCGACAGCAAGGCGUCUUCUAUACCUUCCCAGACGCGCAAGAAUGGGCGACCAAGGACAUCUUCAAGCGCCACCCCGAUCUCCCGGACCAUUGGAUGUACCAGGGACGAAUUGACAACAUCAUCGUCUUCUCCAAUGGCGAAAAGCUCAACCCCGUCAGCAUCGAGGCAGCCGUCACUGCGCACGCAAACGUGAAGGGUGCCGUCGUUGUCGGACACCAGAGAUUCCAGCCUGCACUGUUGGUUGAGCCUGCCUCCCACCCGACAAGCGACGAGGAAAAAGAGAAGUUCCUCGAGGAUUUGUGGCCGCUCGUCGAAGAAAUCAACAAGGAGACGGUGGCUCAUGGCCGCAUCAAUCGGUCCUUUGCCGGACUGACCGAUCCCGCGAAGCCGUUUCCUCGAGCUGGAAAGGGGUCAAUUCAGCGAGCCGCCGCCCUGCAGCUCUACAAGGAUGAGAUCGACACACUGUACGAGAACGCAUGGUCCGGUGGAGCGUCGGGCCCGAUCGCCCUCGAUUUCGACAGUGCCGACAAGCUGACUGGCUCCAUAAUUGACUUGCUGCAAACAAAGUUUGGGGCCCCGGAGCUGGAGGGCGAUACCGACAUCUUCAGCGCUGGCAUCGACUCUGCCCAAGUCAUCCAGAUGGCAAACAUGCUGCGCUCCGGCGUGGACGCUGCCCAUCCGUCCGAUAACUCCGAAUCAGUAGCGCCCAAGGACAUUUACGCCAACCCUACUCCUUCGCAGAUGGCUGCACAUCUUCUUGCCGUGUACACGAGCGAUUUGCCAGCUCCCGUCUCAGGCAAGCAAGAGCCACUCUUUGAAGGCCAGACAGUGAAGAAGAUUGUGGCCUUGAACCGAGGCUCGGAUGGAGGCCGCUCCCGGCAACCUGGCGUCAGCGGAGAACGAGGAUUGAGCCAAGACUUUUCUAAAGUCGAGUUUGUGCAAGCGGACCUUUCCAAGCCCAGAUUGGGCGUCGAGGAGAAGAUGUACAACAACCUCCUGCAUGAGGCUGACCGAAUCAUUCACAACGCAUGGCCGGUCAACUUCAACAUCAGCGUCGGGUCCUUUGAGCCGCAUAUCAAGGGUGUGCGUCACUUUGUGGACUUUGCCGCCGCAGCCAAGAAGCGUGUGCCAGUCCUUUUCCUCUCCAGCGUUAGCACGGCCGGUACUUGGUCUUCAGACGACGAAGUGCCAGAGACUGGCUUUACCGAUCUCAACCUGCCAACCAUGGGCUACGGACGGUCUAAAGCGGUCAGCAGCUUGAUCCUGGACGAGGCGCGUGAGAAGUGUGGGCUGUCGACGGCGGUGAUCCGGGUCGGCCAAAUCGGUGGCCCCCGGGGUAAGAAGGGAGCUUGGAACAAGCAGGAGUUUUACCCGAGUCUCGUCGCUAGUGCCACUCACCUCGGAGUCCUUCCUGACCAGCUUGGACCGCGACACGUUGUUGAUUGGGUCCCUAUUGAAGAUACCGCAAGCGUCAUCUUGGAGAUCGCGGGAGUGACAGCCAAGGUGCCGGCCUCUGAGAUAUCUGGCUACUACCAUGCUUGUAAUCCGGCCAAGACAGACUGGACAGAGGUUGCCCACGCCGUCAAGAAAUAUUAUGGCGACAGAAUCAAGAAGCUUGUGAGCUUGGAAGAGUGGCUCGACGUUCUCGAGAAGAGCGCCACCGACAACGCUGACCUGGAGAAGAACCCCUCCAUCAAGCUGCUUGAUACACACAGGCAGACGCUCGCCGCGUAUAAAGCCGGCCGUCACUCGACGCCUUUCGAAACCAAGCGGGCAAGGGAGAAUAGUGCAAUGAUGCGGAAGAUGGAGAAGAUUAACCCAAGUCUGGUGGAGCUAUGGUGCUCCCAAUGGGCAUUUUGA